AUGGCAGAUACAAAUGAAGAUAUGGAUGUCAUGAAUGAAGAUGAUAUGGUUGAUGAAGAAUUUUUUGAAGCUAUAAAGGGUAUCUUGAUGGCAAUACAAGCAAUUAUCCAUCUGUUGGCUGCUACUAACUUUGACUUGGAAUUCAUUUAUGUGCUCAGUGGGUGGGAAGGUUCAGCUCAUGAUUCAAGAGUACUAAAUGAUGCAUUGAGUAAAUUUUUAUUGGUGGAUGCUGGAUUUGCAAAUAGACGUGGUUUCUUAGCACCUAUUAGAGGCGUCCGCUAUCAUCUCAAAGAGUUCAGUGGUCAGGGUCGCCACCCUGAAAAUGCGCGUGAGUUAUUUAAUCUUCAUCAUGCUUCCUUGAGAAACGUAGUUGAGAGAAUAUUUGGAGUACUUAAAUCCCGUUUCACAAUAUUCAAGACUGCACCUCCAUUCCCAUUUAAGAAACAAGCGGAGCUAGUGUUGGCUUGUGCAGGACUUCACAACUUUCUUCGUAAGGAAUGUCGUUCUGAUUUAUUUCCUGUUGAACCGGAGGAUGAAGAAGAUUCUGAACAUGAAGAAGAUCCGGAAGAUGAAUUCCAAACCCAAGACCAACAAAGAGAGGAAGCUAAUGAUUGGAGAAUGGAGAUAGCUAAUCAUAUGUGGAGAGAUGCAAGACCUGCACCUGAUCCUGAACCCAAUCCUCCACUCGUUGUUGAAGGCAAUAAUGCAGCAGAACAAUCAUGA